AUGAUGAAGAGUCUCAUUCUUCUUCAUUAUAUCUGCUUUCUGGCAGUAUCAGCCAAUCCUAGUCGAGUUGGAAAGGAUAUAGAAAUACCAUCUGGCCCCUGUUUAUUCAAUUCAAACAAGUUGAAAUGUACUGAUAACGGAUUUUACGAAAUGGUUCAGUGCGAUGGUAAUAGCUGCUUCUGUGUGGAUUCUCAUAAUGGUCAAAUAGCCGAGUUGAGCAGAACAACGAGCAACAAAGUUGCACCCAGAUGCUCAGACUGCUACAUAUCAAUUUACGGAAAGUUUAAAGGAAACCAACUGCCUGACUUUACAUAUAUACCUAAAUGUGAUAAUCAGCAUGGAUUCUAUGAGGCCCUCCAAUGUCAGGGGGAUACUUGUUAUUGUGUGGAUCCCAAGAGUGGAUCAGAAAUCGCUGGAUCAAGACAAAAAAAUGGAUUAAAUAACAACAUUUCAUGUAAAAAUGAAUCAGAUUCCAAUAAUCAAGAUGGCAAGCAAGAUCUUCCAGUAGCUCAACCGUUCUGCAAAUUAGAACAUGAUGCUGGUUAUAGCUGUUCUGAUGGGAAUUCCCGAACAAUGUAUCAUUUUGAUCCAAGCACGUUCACUUGUCUGGCUUUCAAGUACAAUGGAUGUGGAGGAAAUCUGAACAGAUUUGUUUCCGAUUCUGAAUGUCACUCCUCCUGUUUGAUGCUUGAUUUCUCAUCUUGUGCUUUUCUGAAAACUCCAGCAAUCGGAAAAAACAAAGAAACCAUUACCUGUGGAGGUCCUAUACGAUUUGGUAAAGCAGAAGAUAGCUGCCCCCAAGGAUAUAAAUGCGUAAUGGGGGCUUUCUUUGGAUUCUGCUGUCCUCAAGAAUCAGAAGAAAAAAUGAGCAAAGCCUAUCAACCACGAUGUGCAACUGGCAAACCGUACAGCACAAAUACUGAUGGAUAUGAGAAUAUACUGUUUGGCAAAAAGUGUUCAGAUAACUUCUGUCCGAACAACUUCAAAUGUAUCCAAAACGAAAUUUUUGCUCAUUGUUGCCCACUUUAA